UAUCAUAAUUCGGAAGAAUACGCUUUCUGAAUACAACGGACCGGAGUCCAAUGACGGGAACAUAAUGUCAUCUCCUCUCCGGUCCUGCGAGGAAGACGAGGGCACGGCGCUUAAUUCCGAGGGAGGAGAUUUUGAUGAAGAAGAGGACGACGGCGAUCCGGACGGCGAGAACGCAAGCGACAUAAACUACGGCGCGCCUCGGGAAACUGCAGCGGCGGCCGCGCCAGGCAAAGAGGGGGAGACAUCGGACAGGGAAAGCUCCGGGAGGAAGAAAGGACGGCCCAAGAAGAAGAAGGAGACGAAGAAGAAGGACAAGGAGGGGAAGCCAGUCAAAGCUAAAAAACGCAAGAAGAUAGACAGUGAUGUAGACAGAGACUCCGACAGAGACAGGGACUAUGGCGAUAACUCGGACAGCGUGGCCAGCGAUUACGGAUCUGGUGAGAAGAAGAAGAAGAAGAAACACAAGGAAAAGAAGGAGAAGAAAACCAAGAAGAAGAAAAAAGAUGACGGGGACCGAGACAGCAGCCAGGAGGAAACGACAAAGCCAAUAGAGCAGAAGACGUCAGCCCAGCUGGCAAAGGAGUGGGGUCUGGAGGAUGUUGAUCAUACCUUCACCGAGGAAGACUACAGGGAGCUCACCAACUACAAAGCCUUCAGCCAGUUCAUGAGGCCCAUGAUAGCCAAAAAGAACCCCAAGAUCCCCAUGUCCAAGAUGAUGACGAUCCUGGGUGCCAAGUGGCGGGAGUUUAGCUCAAACAACCCCUUCAAAGGCAACGCCGCUGCCAUCGCAGCAGCUGCAGCAGCUGCCGCCAUCGCUGUCGCCGAGCAGGUCUCCGCGGUGACUGCCUCCCCAGAGCCUCCACAGCAACCGGCACCACUUCGCAAGGCCAAGACUAAAGAGGGCAAAGGCCCAGGUUACAAGAAACGCAGUAAAAGCCCUCGUGUCCCAGACAAGAAAAAGACAGCAGCUGUGGCCAAGGCGAAAAAGAUGGCUCCCAUUCGUAUUAAGCUGGGCCCCAUAGGCACCAAGAGGAAGAAGAGCUGCUCAAGUGAGGAUGUGGAUGAGGACGAGUCGGAGCAGGAGGACUCCAGCGUCCACAGCUCCUCUGUUCGCUCCGACAGCUCCGGCCGAGUCAAGAAAAACAAACGGGGGCGACCGGCUAAGAAGAAAAAGAAAAUGCCGGGUGAUGAGGACGGUGAAGGGUAUGAGACAGACCAUCAAGAUUACUGUGAGGUUUGCCAACAGGGAGGCGAAAUCAUUCUGUGUGACACCUGUCCCAGAGCCUACCACCUUGUCUGUCUGGAGCCGGAGCUGGACAAGGCCCCCGAGGGCAAGUGGAGCUGCCCACACUGCGAAAAGGAGGGAAUUCAGUGGGAAGCGAAGGAUGAGGACUACGAGGACUUUGAGGAGGAGUGUGAGGAAAGAGUGAUGUUGGAGGUGGGAGCGCCAGUGGGGGUCGAGGAGGAGGACGACGACCACAUGGAGUUCUGCCGGGUGUGUAAAGAUGGAGGGGAGCUGUUGUGCUGUGACACCUGCACCUCCUCCUACCACAUCCACUGUCUCAACCCCCCGCUGCCGGAGAUCCCCAAUGGAGAAUGGCUGUGUCCGCGGUGCACGUGUCCGCCAAUCAAAGGACGUGUUCAGAAGAUCCUCCACUGGCGGUGGGGUGAGCCCCCGCCCCCCAUCCCUGUGCCCCCUGCCCCCGAUGCCUUGCCCGACGCCCCCCCGCCCCCUCCCAUGAAGGGUCGGCCGGAGAGGGAGUUCUUCGUGAAGCUGGCGGGUCAGUCCUACUGGCACUGCACCUGGAUCACUGAGCUGCAGCUGGAGAUCUUUCACUCGGUGAUGUUCCGGAACUACCAGAGGAAGACGGACAUGGACGAGCCCCCCAGUCUGGACUAUGGCUCCGGGGCGGAGGAGGAAGGCGGAGGAGGGAAGAAUGAGAAGAGGAGGGCCAAGGACCCCCAGUACGCCAUCCUGGAAGACAAAUACUACAAGUAUGGCAUCAAGCCUGAAUGGAUGAUGAUCCACCGCAUCAUCAACCACAGCGUGGAUAAGAAGGGGAUGUACCACUACCUGGUCAAGUGGAGAGACCUGACCUAUGACCAGUGUACCUGGGAGAGAGAUGACCUGGAUAUCCCUGACUUCACCAUCUACAAGACCAGCUACUGGAGACACAGGGAGGAGGUGAUGAAGGAGGACCCAGAAAAACCCAGGAAGAUGAGGGGCAUCAGGAACCAGGAAGGAGAUGAGGAGACGCCCGGCACACCCGUCAAUGAUCCCACCAUAAAGUAUGAGGAGCAGCCCGACUUUGUCACGUCGACGGGGGGAACGCUGCACCUCUACCAGCUUGAGGGUCUGAACUGGCUGCGGUUUUCCUGGGCGCAAGGCACCGACACCAUCCUGGCCGACGAGAUGGGCCUGGGCAAGACCAUCCAGACCAUUGUCUUCCUCUACUCGCUCUUCAAAGAGGGCCACACCAAGGGUCCCUUCCUGGUCAGCGCCCCGCUCUCCACCAUCAUCAACUGGGAGAGAGAGUUUGAGAUGUGGGCGCCGGACUUCUACGUGGUCACGUACACGGGGGACAAGGACAGCCGAGCCAUCAUCAGAGAGAACGAGUUCUCAUUUGACGACACCGCUGUCAAGGGAGGGAAGAAGGCCUUCAAGUUGCGGAGAGAAGCGCCUAUCAAGUUCCAUGUGUUGCUGACUUCCUAUGAGCUGGUGACCAUCGACCAGACCUCGCUCAAGUCCAUCGAAUGGGCCUGUCUAGUGGUGGAUGAGGCUCACCGCCUCAAGAACAACCAGUCCAAGUUUUUCAGGCGUCUGAAUGAUUAUAAGAUUGACCACAAGCUGCUGCUGACUGGGACGCCUCUCCAGAACAACCUGGAGGAACUCUUCCACCUGCUCAACUUCCUCACCCCAAACCGCUUCAAUAACUUGGAGGGUUUUCUGGAGGAGUUUGCUGAUAUCUCAAAGGAGGACCAGAUCAAGAAGCUCCACGACCUGCUGGGGCCUCACAUGCUGCGGAGGCUGAAGGCCGACGUCUUCAAGAACAUGCCGGCCAAAACCGAACUCAUUGUCCGUGUGGAGCUAAGCCCCAUGCAGAAGAAAUACUACAAGCUGAUUCUGACCAAGAACUUUGAGGCCCUCAACUCGAAAGGCGGAGGCAACCAGGUCUCUUUGCUCAAUAUCAUGAUGGACCUGAAGAAAUGCUGCAACCACCCCUACCUCUUCCCCGUCGCCUCCAUGGAAGCUCCAAAAACUGCCAGCGGAGCUUACGAGGGGGUGGGCCUCACUAAGGCUUCUGGGAAACUGACGCUGUUACAGAAGAUGUUGAGAAAACUGAAGGAGCAGGGACAUCGAGUUUUAGUCUUCUCUCAGAUGACGAAAAUGCUGGACUUGUUGGAGGACUUCCUGGACUAUGAAGGUUAUAAAUAUGAGAGGAUUGAUGGAGGCAUUACCGGAGCACUGAGACAAGAAGCCAUUGACCGCUUUAAUGCUCCCGGGGCUUGUCAGUUCUGUUUCUUGCUCUCUACCAGAGCUGGUGGUCUGGGGAUCAACCUGGCCACAGCAGAUACCGUCGUCAUCUUUGACUCAGACUGGAACCCACACAACGAUAUUCAGGCUUUCAGUCGGGCCCAUCGAAUUGGUCAGGCGAACAAGGUGAUGAUCUAUCGUUUCGUAACGCGGGCCAGCGUGGAGGAGCGCAUCACUCAGGUGGCGAAGAGGAAGAUGAUGCUGACCCACCUGGUGGUUCGGCCGGGCCUGGGCUCCAAGGCUGGCUCCAUGACCAAGCAGGAACUGGAUGACAUCCUCAAAUUCGGAACAGAGGAGCUCUUCAAGGACGAGAUUGAGGGUAUGAAGUGUCCAGCUGGGGACAAAGGCGAGGACGAGGGCAGCGUGAUCCACUACGACAGUGCUGCCAUCGAGAGACUGCUGGACAGGAGCCAAGAUGCCACCGACGACUCGGACGUCCAGAACAUGAACGAGUACCUCAGCUCCUUUAAAGUGGCUCAGUACAUGGUCCGAGAAGAGGACAAGAUUGAGGAAAUAGAGCGAGAGAUCAUCAAGCAGGAGGAGAACGUGGACCCGGACUACUGGGAGAAACUCUUGCGACACCACUAUGAGCAGCAGCAGGAGGACCUCGCCAGCAAACUGGGCAAAGGCAAACGCAACCGCAAGCCCGUUAACUACAACGAUGCGGCGCAGGAAGACCAAGAGUGGCAUGCUGAUAUUUCAGAUAACCAGUCCGAGUACUCGGUGGGCUCCGAGGAGGAGGAUGAGGACUUUGACGAGAGGCCGGAAGGCCGCCGGCAGUCCCGCCGCCAGCUGAGGAACGAGAAGGAUAAGCCACUGCCUCCUUUGCUGGCCCGGGUGGGAGGAAACCUGGAGGUGUUGGGCUUUAACACACGCCAGAGGAAGGCCUUCUUGAAUGCCGUGAUGCGCUGGGGUAUGCCCGCCCAAGAUGCCUUUUCCUGCCAAUGGCUGGUCCGAGACCUCCGGGGCAAGACAGAGAAAGAAUUCAAAGCCUACGUGUCGCUCUUCAUGCGACACUUGUGUGAGCCGGUCGCUGAUGGGGCGGAGACAUUCGCCGACGGCGUGCCGAGGGAGGGCCUCUGUCGCCAGCCGGUGCUAACCCGUAUCGGCGUGAUGUCUCUCGUCAAGAAGAAGAUUCAGGAGUUCGAGCACAUCAACGGGCGGUGGAGUCUUCCGGAGCUGAAGCCCGAGGUCGGCGUGGACAAGUCCUCCUCUAGAGCCUCUUCCCCGGCCAUCAAGACUGCCACACCCACUCCUGAUGCCAGCUGCAACAACACGCCCUGCCCCUCUAAGCCAGCAACCCCUGCUCCAGCAGAGAAGCUGGAAAAGAAUGGAAAAGAGGGAGAGGAGGAGAAGGAGAAGGAAGAAGGAGAGGCCACGUCGGAGAAGGAGGAGAAAGAGAGGGAUGAUGGGAAAGAGGAGGGGACCAACAAGAGUAAAGACCCUGAGGAGACAUCCGCCGUCACAAAAGAGACGUUGCAAGACGGGUCCUCGGCUCAAAAACCUGAAAACCGGCAGGAGAGCGAGCUGAAAGACGACGAGAGAAGAGAAUCACCCGACGCGCUGGCCAUCACAGCGGAGGAGAAGAAAGUACCGGAGGAGGGCCAAGAAGAAACUAAACAAACGACAAAACAAACUCCUCAGGUUAAAGACGAGAAAACAGAUGGAGAGAAGGUGGGAGAAGAGAAAGAAAAGGAAAAAAGAGAGUCAACGCCUGCCCUGACCGAAGCAACUGACGCGAAGGAGAGGACAGAGAUGACCGACGUGAAGAAGGAGGAGGUCAAAGGUGAGAAAGAUGUCGGAAAAGAGGUCAAAGUAGCCAAGGAGGAGGCAGCCAAGGGCAACGGGAGACCUCCCGGUGAGCGACCACGCUUCAUGUUCAACAUCGCUGACGGCGGCUUUACCGAGCUCCACACUCUCUGGCAAAACGAGGAGAGGGCCGCCAUCUCUUCUGGAAAGAUGAACGAGAUCUGGCACCGCCGACACGACUUCUGGCUGCUGGCGGGAAUCGUGCUGCAUGGGUACGCACGGUGGCAGGACAUCCAGAACGACCCCCAGUUUGCCAUCGUCAACGAGCCUUUUAAGUCGCAGGCGAACAAGGGCAACUUCCUGGAGAUGAAGAAUAAAUUCCUGGCCCGGCGUUUUAAGCUGUUGGAGCAGGCAUUGGUGAUUGAGGAGCAGUUAAGGCGAGCGGCCUACCUGAACAUGACCCAGGACCCCAGCCACCCGGCCAUGGCGCUCAACGCCCAUUUCGCCGAGGUGGAGUGCCUGGCCGAGUCGCACCAGCACCUCAGCAAAGAGUCGCUGGCCGGCAACAAGCCAGCCAAUGCCGUCCUGCACAAGGUGUUGAACCAGCUGGAGGAGCUGCUGAGUGACAUGAAGGCGGACGUGACCAGGCUACCGGCCACUCUGUCCAGAGUCCCGCCCAUCGCCGCCCGCCUCCAGAUGUCUGAGAGGAGCAUCCUCAGCCGGCUAGCCAGCAAGGGCACUGAGACGCACACCCCCCUGCCCAUUCCUCCAGGACCCUAUGCCACCCCUCAGAACUACGGCGCCCCUUUUACCCCGGCCCCGCCCAGUGCCCUCCACAUGGGAGGGGCCAACUACAGUCAGAUGCCCCCCGGAUCUUUCAUAUCAGAGGCUGCUGCUGCUGCUGGGGCUGCUGGGGGAGCCGCCGGAGGGUACGCCGCCGCCGCCGCCACCGGUGCUUUCCAGAAGACCAAGGAGCACGAUGUGAUGCAGAGGCAGCGAGUGGUGGACCUGUGGAAGGACGGCAAGUCGGAGGGGUCUAUCGGGCAGGAGCUGAGGAUGCCUAAAUCCACCGUGCACAGCAUCAUUGUCAAGUACCGCCUCAGCAACACGGUGGAGAACCUGCCGCGCAAUGGCCGGCCAAAGAAACACUGAGGAGAGAGAUGGAUGAAUGGAUGGCUGGAUGGAGGCAGUGACCAAUAACCUACAGAGGUGGAGAGAAGAGAGUACAAUGUCCUCAUAUUAAAAAUAACAAAACAAAAUGGAGACUGAAGAUGGAAGAGAGGUGACGACAUUUGUAGGAAAACGUGAAUGUAUGAGGAGGAGGUGGAAGGCGAAAGUGGGACCAAAGGACACGGUGCUUUAAGAGGGGGGAAAAAAAAGCACAGACACUGCUGGAGAGAGGGAGAGAGAGAGUGGGAGACGGAGAAAACGUGAUCUGAGCUGAGCAGAGAGAAGCGAGGGAACAUUAGAAGUGAAGCGUGUGUUGGAGUAGUGGAGGGAGGAGGGGAGAAGGGGAGCCGAAAAAGUGGAAGGAGGUGGCGGUGCUUUGAUCCAUCAA